CCUCGGUGAAAGAACGACCAAUUCUGACAGAUGUAUAAUUGGUGUACAAAGAGAGCGAUCUUUAACAUGAAAAUCUUGGUCUUUGUUUUGCUGACUUUACCUUAUGACGCGAGGUCUCUCAACCUUGGAGGUCACGUUUGUCAAAAAAUGUGGAACGACGCUGAAAAUAAUCUGAUUAUUCCUGGAGAAUUAGCUGUUAAUGAGGGAAAUAACUUAGAUCCAGUGUUCACAUUGGUGCACGGAGCAGGGGCUCAGGGACACCAAAAACUCCAAAGCGAAGAGUUCACCCGAUUUCAUGAUAUAUUGGUCGACUAUCAAGCUCAACCUUACAUUCUUAAUCAACAGCACAUAAAUGACUUCAUCAGUGCAAUAACCCAACCCUGUGGACCUGUGGAAGCGGCAUUCAGCUACCUGAAAACUCAAGCGAACGCACUGCCUGUUGGCGUGACAACCUUAGAUCAGUUCAGAACCACCUUGAAAAGUCUGUGGUUUACCAACAGCAAUGGCUUUAGGCAUGUAUUUGUUGGGGAACAGUUCCAGCACAAAGUCCCAAACGAAAUCCGUUACAAAGGAUUUCAAAACUGGUACCAGUACUACACCGAAGAAAAUAGACCGAAAAUGAUAGAGAAACAGAAUCCACCGACAUUCGUUAUGGACAAAAGGCCAACCUUUAUAAGGGAUCUUAAAUUCAAAUGGAAAGGGAAGAGUAAGCAAGGAUCUACAGACAACCGUAUGUUUGUUGGAACCAGCCCAUCUUUCGAAUUGGCCUUAUUCACCACUUGCCUCCUCAAAGGACGCGGAAUUGCUGGAGGAGUACAUCCACCUCCGGGACCGUAUAGGACAACCAACUGUGAUUGCACCAUCCAUGUGCCUGGAAUUGGGGACAGCACAGUAGAAGUAAAGACCGUCGAGAACCAAAAUGGCAAGGUCGUUACAGCUGUCCCUACAAAUGUCCAUUAGAAAUAAACGGCACACAAAGAUAACAGCCGAGACCAUUACCAAAGAUUUCCGAAUUAUUAUAAACACUACAUAUCACAAAAUAAGUAAUCAGUUCCGGGAUCUCGUUCAGCAGAUAAAAAUGAAAUAGCAGGUAAAUGUUCCUUGGUGGUUGCUCACCGCCAUUUCUUACCUGCCUGCUUUUUCUCUUGCUGCUUCUAACCGUGAGCCCGGCACAGGCUACACAAAAGCAAGAACCCAUCACAUAUGGGCUGCUGACAAGACUAAU